AUGUAUCACAGUCUAAUUUUUAAAAAAAAAAUCUCUCAUAUCGAUUACAUUCUGUUCAUAUCUCUCUUCUAUUUUUCAAACUGCGCGUCUGUCUUACUUUGUGGCUAUCUAUCUAUCUAUCUAUCUAUCUAUCUAUCUAUCUAUCUAUCUAUCUAUCUCAUCGAUUCAUUAUCUCUUUCUUUCUAUCUAUCGAUUCAUGAUAUCACGCUUUCUCUCUAUCUAUCUAUCUAUCUAUCUAUCUAUCUAUCUAUCUCAGUCGAUUCAUUAUCUCUUUCUUUCUAUCUAUCGAUUAAUGAUCCUACUCUUUCUCCAUAUCUAUCUAUUUAUCUAUCUAUCUCAGUCGAUUCAUUAUCUCUUUCUUUCUAUCUAUCGAUUAAUGAUCCUACUCUUUCUCCAUAUCUAUCUAUCUCUCUCUCUCUCUCUCUAUCUAUCUAUCUAUCUAUCUAUCUAUUUCCGUCGAUUCAUUAUCUCUAUCUAUCGAUUCAUGAUUUCACCCUAUCUAUCUAUCUAUCUAUCUAUCUAUCUAUCUAUCUAUCUAUCUAUCUAUCUAUCUCAUCGAUUCAUUAUCUCUUUCUUUCUAUCUAUCGAUUCAUGAUAUCACGCUUUCUCUCUAUCUAUCUAUCUAUCUAUCUAUCUAUCUCAUCGAUUCAUUAUCUCUUUCUUUCUAUCUAUCGAUUAAUGAUCCUACUCUUUCUCCAUAUCUAUCUAUCUCUCUCUCUCUCUCUCUCUAUCUAUCUAUCUAUCUAUCUAUCUAUCUAUCUAUUUCCGUCGAUUCAUUAUCUCUAUCUAUCGAUUCAUGAUUUCACCCUAUCUAUCUAUCUAUCUAUCUAUCUAUCUAUCUAUCUAUCUAUCUAUCUAUCUAUUCCCUUUCCACCUCUCUUUUUGAUUUUCUUGUUUUCUCUCUUAUUCUUUCCACCACUUUCUAUUUUUCUCCCUCUCUCUGAUUCUUUCUCCCUCUCUUCCUGA